AUGACCAUGAAAGGAUCUGAGUUAGAGUUGGUGCAUAUCCUAACUAUCCUUGUAACUCUUGAUUUCUCAUGCAAUAAUUUUAGUGGAGAGAUUCCAGUGUUCCUUGGAGGGCUGAACGAACUCAAGGGCCUCAACAUUUCUCAUAAUAUGCUCAGAGGUACCAUACCAUCAUCAUUGGGAAAUUUGACUAACCUUGAGUGGUUAGACCUCUCUGUUAACAAGCUAAGUGGGAAUAUUCCUUGGCAGUUGACCGAUUUAAUAUGGCUCGAAAUCUUAAACCUUUCAGAAAACAAACUCGUGGGACCGAUACCCAAUGGUAAGCAGUUCAAUACUUUUAGCAAUGAUUCAUUCAAAGGAAAUUUAGAUUUGUGUGGUUUUCCACUGUCCAAACCAUGCAAUGAGGAAUAUGAAGGAUCGACCAUGGAGCAAGAAAAUGAAUCGGAGGAUGCAAAUGGAUUUACUUGGAAAGUUGUGGUAUUGGGGUAUGGAUGUGGCUUUGUGUUUGGGAUCUUCAUAGGUUAUAUUAAUUUUUUCUCAAAUGGAAGAGCAGGCUCUUUCCCAAGAUCAAUUUUUCAGCAAGUCAAUCUCACAGAUUUGGAACUCUCCUCAAAUAACUUGAGUGGUGUUGUGCAGUUUGACCAAUUUUCAAAGUUAAAAAAGCUCCAAAUUUUUUAUCUUUCUGAUAAUAGCUUAUCAUUGGUAUCUAACAGUAAUAAUAAUGAUACUUUGCCCAAUAUUCUUUCUGAAUUACAUUUGUCUUCAUGUGGCAUAAGUGAGUUCCCAUACUCCUUAAGAAGCUUAGAAAAUUUAAGAUACUUGGAUCUCUCCAACAAUCAAAUCGAAGGGAGUGUUCCCCAAUGGCUAUGGAAUAUGGGUAAGGAUUCAUUGCUUCAAAUCCUUGAUUUGUCAAAUAACAAUUUGAGUGGGAACAUUCCUCCAUGCUUAGGAAAUUCAAGUCUCCGUGUGCUAGAUUUGCACAAGAAUAAGCUUCAUGGCUUGAUUCCUUCACAUUUUGCAAAGGGAAACUGCCUAUGUGUUUUGAAUCUCAAAGAAAAUCAAUUGGAAGAUAUUGGAAUCAAUAAGAUAAAUGGAGCAUUCCCCUGGUGGUUGGAAUCUCUUCUGAAUCUCCAAGUUCUUAUCUUGAGAUCUAAUAGAUUUCAAGGUCCAAUAGGCAAUCUCAAGGUGAGACAUCCCUUUCACAAUUUGAGAAUCAUGGAUCUCUCUGGCAAUGAAUUUACUGAUCAUUUGCCCCAAAAAUAUUUUAAGAAUUUUGUGGGAAUGAUGAAUGCUACUUCAGAUUACUUGAGAUACAUGGAAUAUCCAACACUAAUUCGAUAUUAUGAAAGCAGUUCAUUGACAGUAAAAGGAUAUUAUGCUGAGUUAGAGAAAAUCCAAACCAUGCUUAUAUUCAUUGACUUCUCAAGAAAUAACUUCACAGGAGAGAUCCCAGAAUUGCUUGGUAAGCUCAACUCACUCAAAGGGCUCAAUUUUUCACAUAACAAGAUAUCUUGCAAUAUUCCACCAUCCUUGGGAAAUUUGACCAAUCUGGAAUGUCGACAAUUUGAUACAUUCACAAACGAUUCAUACAAAGAGAAUUUGGGCUUAUGUGGGUUUCCAAUUUCAGAAUCAUGCAACGAGGACACCAUACACCAAUUUCAGCAAGAAGACAAUGAGGAGCAUGUGAAGGGAUUUGAUUGGAAAAUUGUGUUAAUAGGAUUUGGAAGUGGAAUGGUUAUUGGAAUUUCGAUCGGAUACAUGUUCCUUACCGAUCAAAACAUUGAUGGGAUUGUCAAAACAUUGAAAGGAGAACAAUGGCAUCUUAUGGCAAAAAGAUCAAAGCAGAGGAGGGCUCGUCAAAAUGUUGGAAUUGAGAGAAGACAUUAG